UCCACUUCUAACUUCGAAAUUAUAUACAUAUUUUGUUUCUCUUUGGUUAAAGUGCUGCAGGCUAUUCUUACCACAAGUAUUAUAAGCAUUUGGUCCUGAAGAAGAUGGACAAUGCCUUUGAACCUGGUGAUCCAAUGUUAGAGCUGGCUGGUGUUAAGGACCCCAAGCAAGAUCCCAAGGGAAGCAAGGAUAUGGAGAAGGACCCUGACCACUGGCUCGAGCGUGACGAGCAAGGUAGAAUUGAUGAGAUUAUAAACGGUGCCAUUGGCCAUUAUUACCUCCUUAUUGGUGAGAAGGGCACUGGGAAAACCUCCAUGAUCCUCAAUGCAAUGAGGAAAGUCGAUGGCAGUCGCGUUGCAAUGUUCGAAGCCCAUGCCAACCUCGAGAUCUUCCGAAUACGACUGGGAAAGUCACUGGACUAUGAGUUCCACGAAGACUAUAUUGGUAGUCUUUUCAGCAUCAGAGGGCCCCGUGAUACCACUGCCCUAUUGGACAUUGAACGUGCCCUGAACAAAUUAGAGAAAGUCGCUAUCAAGCGCCGGAACGUCAACCAGAAUCCCCUGAUUUUGAUCAUUAACUCCCUGCAUUUGGUGAGAGAUGACGAUGAUGGCAGGGACCUCCUUGAGAUGCUUCAGCAGCGCGCAGAGCAAUGGGCCGCCAGUGGUCUAGUGACUAUGGUGUUCAACAGCGAUGAUUACUGGAUCUACGAGCGCCUAAAAAGGUAUGCUUCCAGAAUGGAGGUCAUCCCCAUCCCAGACCUGCCGAAGGGUAAGGCACUAGGUGCACUCCGCAGGUAUAGAUCCAGAUACUUCAAGGAAAACCCACCACAGAGCAUCUUAGAGGAAGUAUACAACAAGGUUGGUGGGAGGUUGACCUUCUUAAACCGCGUAGCCAAAUCCGAGGAUAUGAUAGCAACCUGCAACGAAAUCUGUGAAGCUGAGAAAACCUGGUUUUUGAACAAAUGUUGGAUUCUCGGCGAGGAGAUGGAUGAUGAUGUGAUGGACGAACAAAAAUAUUCUUCUGCAGCAAUGGUGCUAGCAAAGGCUCUGGUAGACCUCGAGAAGGACAUGGAGAAAACAUAUGACGACGAAAACGGGCAUAUCUUACCAGAGCUACCGCUCCAUAAGGCACGCCAGAUCAUGACACGCGCAGACUUCAUCCAAUCUUAUGACCAUGACAAUAUCUUUACCAUCGACUCCAAGGCAAGGGUUCGAGCUGACUCUGUGCCGAUGCAAAACGCAUUCCGUGAGAUAUGUUCCGAACCAGGCUUCGACCAGUACCUUGAGGACACUUUGGACAGGAUUUCGGCCAUCGAAAGUUUGGGCAGGACCCGAGAAAUUACUGUCAAGGACUUCUGGAAUGAGGGUAAAUUCAAAGCAACUAUGCGUGAUACUAAGGGCCGUGAAACCGGUACCUUGGAGAUUGGCGUGGUUAAACCCGAGAAGCAAGAGGAUGAUGACUAG